AUGCCUUUUGUGUCGUCCCAAGGCAUGUCCUACAACGCAUUACCUGAAGGCUUCUACAUCUUGCGGUGGCGGGAACCAGGUCGAGCAGAGGCAGAUUUCGGUCGAUUCGAUGUCAAGAGACUCAUUCGCACCAUCUACAUUCUAUUCUCGAGGUGUGAAAUUCCUAUAGCUGAGGAAGGACAGGAGAUCACGGACCUUGCAGACCCAUCUACUCCUUUGCCACAGUGGUUCACUGAGGAAGAUCUCAAUGCCUAUGUUGCUCCAUAUGAGAAAUCUGGGUUUCAUUUUCCUCUCCAAAUGUCAUACAGGGGAACAGGCAUUGCUGAUCCAAAAAUUGAGGUUCCUGUGUUGUUGAUCAUGGGAGAAAAAGACUAUGCAUUUAAGUUUCCAGGAAUGGAGAACUAUGUGAGGAGUGGAACAUUGAAGCACUUUGUUCCUGAUCUGGAGAUCAAGCACAUACCUGAAGGAAGCCAUUUUGUUCAGGAGCAGUUCCCUGAUCAAGUGAACCAGCUUGUCAUCACCUUCCUCAAGAAUCACAUCUGA